CAUCUUCCUUCAAGAGAGGAAUUUCAUGACUCUACGUUUGAGUCUAUAGUAUUAUAUAACUGACUUUGAUACUUAUAUGAUGAAUGGAAAAUGUCCUCGAUGCGGAUUCACUGAACAUCAUAUCUCGUGGUCAGCAAGUGAUGAUUUGAGUUCCAAUCGAGCUCGUAUCGUGGACCUAUUGCGGUCGGGGGAGUCGUCGCUCACUGUUGAUCUAUCACCAGUUCAUGAAAGCUCUCAGCGCUUAGAGAGUCGUCUCUCGGAUCUUAACUCCAAAUUAUCAGAACUCAAUGCUGUGGUAGAUCGUCUUCAUACUGAACGACAAAAUAUCCAAUCUGACCUCGAUGCUCAACGAUCUCUCAUGGCUCCUGUGCGCCGCAUUCCAGCAGAUAUCCUUCUACAAAUCUUCGAAUUGCUAUCUGUAGAUGAAGAAUGCAACCUUGACACUGCAAACGCACCCUGGGUGUUUGGACAUGUGUGCUGUUUCUGGAGGACCAUCGUUAUCACGUCCCCUGUACUAUGGUCUACUAUCCGUACACAUCUUAAUCCUCUAGUUCACCCCCGCAAAAUUUCUGCAGCCCUUGAAAGGCAUAUCGAGCUUUCAUCUGAGUGUCCCCUCCACUUGGAUAUUGAUUUGUAUCGCAAUGCUGACAGCGAGACGAUUCGCCAGGUUGUUACUUUGAUUGUUCGUCACUCCCUUCGGUGGGAGACCCUGAAAAUUACUCUGUCAGCAAGCACCUUGCCAAUGUUCUCUCGGGUGAGCGGUCGUCUACCUCGACUUCGCUCCCUGGCAGUGUUUGUGAUGAAUUACUACGGAGAUGGAGCCAUCGUACCCGAGCCGUAUUCAUUCUUUUCCGUCGCACCCGCUCUUACAGAAGCAAAGAUUCAUUGCAUCCCAGUAUUUGACCUUCCAGUACCACUUCCCCAGCUACGCACCUUUGAUGGUUACUUUCGCAAUCCUAGCGAGGUGCACGAUCUCCUGAGGCGGGCGCCCAAUCUCGUGAAAUUUGCAUUUUCAAGUAUGGUCAUUUCACGGGACACCAAUCCAUCGCCACUAUUCCAUGGAUCUCUGCGCAGUAUCACAGGUACAUCGCAUGAGCUGAGGAUUUUAUCUGCCGGGACAUUCCCGGCUCUCGAAGAAAUUAAUGGGAGAGAGAGUAAAUGGGACGAUGAAGCAAUAGACAUGAUAGACCGUAUCGCAGAACGGUCGGGUUGCUCCAUUCGUACCUUUCAUGCAGGAUCCAUUCUACCUUUCACUCGGUUUUGCGUACUCUCAUCGAUCGGAACAUCCUUGACGGAACUCAGUAUGACGAUGGGAGGCUGGAACGGUUCGAAUGGCCUUAUACCUAAUCUUUCCAUUUACGUUGCUCUUCUGGUUUCAGAAACGCAGCCGACCCUUCUUCCUUGCUUACGCGAACUCACCCUCAAAGAAUUCAGCGGCUACAAUAGCAAAAAGUCGGCAAUAUUCACAUGUCCAGAGUUCUAUGAAAUGGUGCGAUCUAGGUUAACCCCUCCCGCUCCCGUUUCACGCCUAAAGGUAUUGACCUUGGUACUACGACGUUUGGAAUAUCAAGACUUAAAACCUAGGGACCCGCGGUUUGAUCCUUUGUGGGCUUUGGAGGAGGAAGGGUUAGUGGUACAUGUUGUGCCACCUUGGGAAGAUGUGGUUGGUGGUUAAGAGGAAUAAACCAAAUACCGUGCUGAGUGCACAAGCAACCUCGUGACGUUUCCUUCGCAACUGGAUCGAUACAAGAUCAAAAGGAAGAAAGCUAUACAAAAACAUUUAUUUUGAAGGGUAAUUUUUGGCCCAAAUUUCAUUUCUUAGCAGGAUCUACGAGCUUUUCUCUACAAAAGACGGUGCAGUGAUGUUUGAGAGGAACGUUAAAAUCAAUGACGUCAGUAUCGGCCGACAAGUGAUGUC